GUAAAAAAAAAACCCACAUAAUUCAUUAGUUACAGCCUUUCAGUUACAGACUGAAUGUGAGCCCAUUCAUAGAGAAGAUCCACAUCUGACUACUCUGUAGUGCCUGUGUGUGUCAUCACACUGAUUGACAGAGAGAGAGAGAGAGAGAGAGAGAGAGAGGACAGGCUCGUAGGGAAGAUCUCAGGGGCAACGGAUCUGGUUCGCUCGGCUGAAAAACACCAAACACAACGGGAUGGAUUUCUGCACGACGUGAACGUGAGCGAGGAACACCUGCCUCACACAUUCAAAAAAGCCAGGAUGUCAGGGAUGGACGUCCCGUUGGUGGACCACAAUGAGACUGGAAUCUCUCCAAUAGACAACGGGACCUUCCUCCGUUUCUCCCCGACCUCUGCUUCCACGUCCGCGGCUGCCUCGUCGCCAGGACGCCAGGGCAACGUCUACGUCUACGUGUGGCUCUUCCUCGGCCUGCUGGUGUUCCUGCUGACGCUGCUCAUCAUCUCCCUCCACAGGCUGAAGAACAUCAUCUCCUCCUCCUCGCCUGUGCCCGACUGCAGCAGCGAGGGAGGGAGCUCCUUCACCAACAUGGAGAUCUGUAGCAUCUCGUCUCAGAGGUCCACCAUCUCCUCGCUGUCCACCUGAGGGAGAUGGGAGGGAGCACAUACAGACACAGAGACUGUAUAUGUCUAUGUGCAUGCAUGCUUACAUGCAAACAGCACAUGGAGGCCUCCUCACUGUGACACAAACACAAAAACACUUGAUUACACUGCACGCAUGCAUAUUCUAAUCCAGUCAGGCACACAGGGGAAAUAAAGCUCACAAUAUGAUGAAGAGGUCUUGAGAGGUUGAGACUGACUGAACCCUUCUGAGACCUAUUUCAACACCGAAGACAAAUGAACCUGAGAAACUGCUUCCCUCAGCAGAAAAAAAGCAUAAUGUGGAACUAUUAUCCUUCCUCUUCGUUCAUUUCUUGUACUGUACUGGUCAUAUUUGCUGUGGAACAAAUAAUAUUGCUUUGUAGUUAGUACAGCAUGUCACAUAAUGUCUGUUUAGAUUGCGAAAUCAGAAUUACAUUAAUAUUAAAGGCCAUUACAUCAUACAGAAAUGCAUGCUUGCAUCUCAGUUGUUUAGCAAGGCUUUGGGAUGCUGUUACUCCAUUUUUUUUUAACCAUAACCAAUCGUGAGAUACCUUUAAAACUGUUCAUGAUUCCCGUGGGGAAAGGACAUCCUGCUGUGGAUGUAAAGGUGAGAAUGAGACCAGGUCAAAAGUGGCAAAGACAAUAUGAAACUCUGCCCCUGAAAGACAGGUCUACCAGCGUAAUGGAUUAGCCUCUCUUGCCUGUCAUAUGGCGUCUGAUUGCCGUCUCCAUAGUGACUGAAGCGUGAGAGCUCUCUGUGCAGCUGUCAGCCUCGUCUGGAUUCCAAGCUUAAGCUACAGUAAUGGUUGUUUCUGCUCAAAAUACAUCCUUUUUUGUGAGUUGUAGUUUCUUUGACAUGGCAACAAAAAUACACCACAUGCUCAGAAGAAAUUAUUAGAAAAAAUGUUCAUUCAUAUUUGUUACACUUUUCCACAAAAUGCAAUAACAAAUGAAGGCUCAGAGAGCAGCGAUGACGCUACGAGGCCACGGACAGUACAGUCAGAUCAUCAUUGUACUCACAAUGUUCAUUUCAAGUUGAUGGUGAUGGUACUGUGUCAGCCACAGUGUUGAUGACUGGUUCAUUAUUUCAGCUGUUGAUGAAUCUGUAUCCACACCAGUUAGGAGGUUAUUACAGUAUGUCCACAACCUGUUUGGUUUAAUGUAGUGAACCAGGAAGUAAAAUCAUUGUUUUAGUCGUGCUGUUUAAAGAAUAACUGUGCAGAUUGAACCCCCACUGACUGUGUUGUUUUGUUACAUCGGUGCUCAUAUUUUCAGUUCUAGUCCUGCAAACACAGAAACAUCAUUCAGUGAAGACACAAAGUAGAUUAAAACAUUUCCAACUUG